AUGUCAGUCUUUGUCGCCACCUCCACCCUCCUCUUCCUCUUGGCCCUUCCGCUCACCCGCUCGUACCCCAACUACGUGCCAGCGGAGGCGUGUGAGAGGAUGACGCCCGGCCACCACCCCUUCAAGCCGCAAACCAAAUGCUCGCCUUUCGAAGUGAUCGUGAGCCAAGAGAGUAUCGUGGCCGGAUCAUCAGUGACAGUUAACAUCACAGGCCGGCAAUACCACGAGGGAUUCAUGGUGCAAGCCAAGGACGUGGACAGUGGGGCAGUGAUCGGGUUCUGGGAUGUGGGAAAGAACAACACCCUUGCCAAACCCAUGACCUGCUGGAGCCAGGACGACACGGUGACGCACACAAAUGAAGACCACAAAAACAAAGUCUCCGUGUUAUGGAACGCCCCCGCAGACUACAACGGCACGGCUGUCUUCAAAGCGACGGUGGUGAAACGCUUCAACCUGUUCUGGGUGGGCAUCACCUCUGACCCCCUCACCGUCACCUACGGGUAGCCCCCAUCACGCUGCAAGUCUGAGAGUCCGGCUGUGUCUGACUUACUGUUGGUACACUUUUUAUUGGGUUACAGUAAAGAUGAAGGAUAAUAUUCUCUCUCUCUCUGAUAAAGGGUAAGCUAGUAAUUUUCCUCCACCACAUAGAGCAGCGUCACCAUUUCUUGUCGACCUUACUGAUUAUGAUGUGGACACUGGAUUUUUAUGGACUCUUGCUUCACAUUACACUGUUUGUUGCAAGUUGUGUAUCCUUUAAUUCCAACCUCCUCUUGUAUUAUUUUAUCUUGUGGGAACUUUAAUUCAGUUGCCAUCAGUUUUGUGUCUUGAUGCUGC